UGAUCAGGGUGUCUGAGGCCCGAGCGACUCACUUCUCAGGUUUAGGUUUCACGAGCGGGUCUUGUCGAUUCAACCAUGUACAGUGUAUUAGCACUCACCCUUCUAGGGGCUGCUGUGGUCUACGGCCAAGUCCCCCACCACUGUUUCUCACCCCCACAGUUGACGUUCCGUGCCACUCAAUACAACCAUGAGUUCACAACAUUCAGACAGUUCGAUGCUGAGUACGACGCCAUGGGAGAGAAGAUUGCCUUUGAUGAAGUCGAACAAUCCGGACCUGCCCCAGGAAGACAAUAUUACCGUAUCAUCAUCCUGCACAGAGAGAACAUUGCCUACGAGUACAACCGUCAGACCAAGACCUGCAAGAAAGGACAAGCUGGACCAUUCUUCCCAUUCGCUGUUCCUGAGAAUGCUACCUUCGAGGCCGAGUUCUACGUUGGUGGACCAGGGGAGGAGGUAGAGGCUGUUGAAUGGUCAGACCGCAGUGCAACUGCAAGGGAAGCCUGGGUUGGAGUCUUCAGUAGAUUCAACUGCUACCCUCUUCGUUCAUUUUUCCUCAACGGACGCAACAAUGAAACCUUGACCACUCAGUACUUUGACUUGGUCCAGGGCAUCGUUGAUCCUCAGUUGUUUAUCCCCCCACAGGAGUGUCUUCAGGCUGAGAAAACAGAAGGCAUCUCUGACCAGGUUGCAAGACUGACCUCAAUGUACACUCGCAGAUUCCAAUAAACUACUCACAGACAGUGUGAUUGACUAAAUGUUGACUGCAUUUAACUCUUUAUAUUAGUAUGUUGUGUGUCACCUUGUAAGUUGAAGAUUGUUCAAGUAGUAUAUCAAUAUCUUUUAUAUCAACUGUAGGCUUCAACAUGAACAUCUUGUUAAAGUU